AAAUAAAUUCAAGAAACACUAAAACGAAAAUCAAAAUCAAAAACCUUUAAAGAAGAACAAAGAAAAUCAGAGUUUCUCUUCUUUCCUCAAAAUCUGUAAAUCAGAGAAUGGGAAUCUCAAAAUCUAAAGGAAACACACACAACAUCUUCCUUCUUUGCAACUACAUCCUCUUAGGCUCAGCUUCAAGCUGCAUAUUCCUCACAAUCUCCCUCCGUCUCUUCCCAUCACUCUCCGGUCUCUCCCUCAUCUUCCUCCACACACUCACCAUCGCCACCGCCGUCUCCGGCUGCUCCGUCUUCGCCUCCUCCACCGCCUCCACCACGAGCGACAGAUUAUACGGUGCACACAUGGUUGCAACAGUCCUCGCGGCGAUAUUCCAAGGAGCAGUCUCUGUUCUUAUAUUCACGAGAACAGGGGAUUUUCUAAGGGUUCUUAAAUCGUAUGUUCUUGAAGAAGAUGGUGCAGUGAUACUUAAACUCGCUGGAGGAUUGUGUGUACUGAUGUUUUGUUUAGAGUGGGUUGUUCUUGUUUUGGCGUUUUUGUUGAAGUACAGUGAUUAUUUGGAUGAGAGUGUUGAAGAUGGUGAUGGUAAGUUUCAGAGACAAGAUGAAGAUCUUAAGGAUUGGCCCUCUUACCCAUUUCAACUCAAGCUUUAAUAAUAUCAAAUUCCUUUUUUUUUCUUUCUAUUUGUUGUAGUUCUGAUGAAAUCUUUGGUUGGUUUAUAACUUUAUAUAUUGAUAUUUUUUGUG